ACAAGUGGAUUGGACGACGCCUGCUGCAGGAAGGCGAAGAAAAUGUCACGGAUAAUCCCGAGGAGACCGAAUUUCUCUAUCUCAAGAACUGCACUGAACCAGCUCUCCAUGAAUUCCCGAGUGACAUCUUUACAAACGAGAAACGGCGGCAUGGAGCAGUAUUCUUGCACGCUUUCUGUGCUGUCUACAUGUUCUAUGCUUUGGCGAUCGUUUGUGAUGAUUUCUUUGUCCCUUCAUUGGAAAAGAUUUGUGAACGUUUGGAUCUCAGCGAAGAUGUUGCAGGGGCAACGUUCAUGGCAGCCGGCAGCUCUGCUCCAGAACUCUUUACCUCUGUUAUAGGUGUGUUUAUCACAAAGGGAGAUGUAGGGGUUGGAACCAUUGUUGGCUCUGCUGUAUUCAACAUCCUCUGCAUAAUCGGGGUGUGCGGCCUCUUUGCUGGACAGGUCGUUGUUGUUUCAUCCUGGUGUCUCAUGAGGGAUUCAGUCUACUAUACCUUCUCUGUCAUUGCACUUAUUUUGUUUAUUUAUGAUGAAAAAGUUUCUUGGUGGGAGUCCUUAGUUCUAGUGAUGAUGUACCUCGUCUACAUUGUCAUCAUGAAGUUCAAUGCAUGCUUACAGCAUGUCUUCGAAAGAACGACAAAGAAUGCCACGAAUAUGGUGAACGGGUUAGCAAACAACACCGAGAUUGAUGACAGCAGUAACUGCGAUGCUACAGUGGUAUUGCUAAAGAAAGGAAAUUUCCAUCGUAAAGCUUCCGUAAUCAUGGUGGAUGAAUUGCUGUCUGCCUAUCCACACCAGCUUUCCUUUUCAGAGGCAGGGCUCCGGAUAAUGAUAACAAGUCACUUUCCCCCCAGGACCCGGCUCUCCAUGGCCAGCCGCAUGCUGAUCAAUGAGAGGCAAAGACUGAUAAACAGCAGAGUAUACACCAAUGGAGAGUCGGAGGUGGCCAUCAAGGUUCCGGUCAAUAUCAAGCGUACCGUGGAGAACGGAUCUGGGCCCAGCAAUUCCGCCGACAGAGGUGCAAGCGGAACCAGAAGAGACAAGGAUGCUGCUGAAGCCGGGAACGAAACAGAGAACGAGAACGAAGACAAUGAAAACAAUGAGAACGAUGAAGAGGAGGAGGAAGAGGAAGAAGACAGUGGCCCUUACACACCCUUUGAUCCACCAUCAGGGAAGAUGGAAGCUGCCAAGUGGCUGUUCACCUGGCCCCUGUCUUUGCUUCUGUACUUCACGGUACCCAACUGUAACAAGCCCUGCUGGGAGAAAUGGUUCUUGGUCACCUUUGCUGCUUCUACCCUUUGGAUUGCAGCCUUUUCCUAUGUGAUGGUAUGGAUGGUCACCAUCAUUGGCUACACUUUGGGUAUUCCAGACGUGAUCAUGGGAAUCACCUUUCUGGCAGCUGGAACCAGCGUACCAGACUGUAUGGCAAGCCUUAUUGUAGCAAGACAAGGCAUGGGUGACAUGGCUGUGUCGAACUCCAUCGGAAGCAAUGUUUUUGACAUCCUGAUUGGCCUUGGCCUUCCGUGGGCUCUGCAGACCCUAGCAGUAGACUAUGGCUCCUAUAUUCGAUUGAACAGUCGGGGACUUAUCUAUUCCGUGGGCUUGCUUCUGGCAUCUGUUUUUGUCACUGUGUUUGGGGUUCACUUGAACAAGUGGAAGCUGGAUAAGAAGCUGGGGUGUGUGUGCCUUUUCCUCUACGGCAUCUUUUUGUGUUUCUCCAUCUUGACAGAAUUUAAUGUCUUCACUUUUGUGAACUUGCCUAUGUGCAGAGAUCACUGAUUGUGUGGACAAGACUGCUGAGAGGCAUCGUCCUUCUUUAUCUGUGCAAUAUGAAACAUGGUUGACAUCUCCAAGCAGUGUGUGCUGCCCCAGGAAGGCCGUAAAGGACACCCUCCUUGCUGUUCACCGAGCCCUCUUCCUGUCUGGGUUUAGCCUCUCUCUAAACCAGCCCCUUCACACAUAACACAAAAAUAUCUGGAAACUUCCUGCACUGAUGUGAAGAUUUACAAACUCAGAUAUUGUGAACAGUGACUUGGAGUCUAAGUGAACUAGUUUCUACCUGGCACUGAGCCAGUGAAACAGAACUGCUACCGUUUCUUCUUCUUUUUUAACUUAUUUGAUGGAAGACUUAUCUAAUUUAUGAACUGAGACUAUUGCUAGGUGACAAAGAAGAGGGUACGUUUUGUUGGGUGCUUUUUUGAGGAAAACAGAAGGAAUCUGUUUCAUUCUUUC